AUGGAAGUUGGAGAAAAGGCGAAAAAUGGAAAAAAAAGAAAGAGAUCCAAUAAAAAGAAGACGCAAGGACAACAACAACUCGAUCCGAAUAGCACACAACAAAUGGAGGUUGAUGAGUUAGAUAGUUCGGAAGUUCCAGAAAAAAAUGUGACUUCUUUAUCUCAAGAAAAUUCGGAGAAUUCGAAGAUAGAAGAAGUCGAACACACUUUUGACCACGAUAAUAAAACAGUUGAUCCUGAGGAAGAAACAGAAAAUAAGAGUAAAAAACAAAAACUCGACGAUUCUAUAGUGGGCGACUACUCUAACAAAGUACCACAGAUUGAAACUUAUGAUACGGCCACGGAUAUCAAUUACAAUUUCGAAUCAUUGGAGAUUUCGGAACCUACCAGAAAAGCUAUUAAGGAGAUGGGAUUCGAAAAAAUGACAGAAGUUCAAGCAAGGACGAUACCACCCUUACUAGCUGGUCGUGACGUUCUAGGCGCUGCUAAAACUGGAUCGGGUAAAACUCUGGCAUUUUUAAUACCGGCAAUUGAACUUCUUCACAAACUUAAUUUCAAGCACAGGAAUGGAACUGGAGUCAUUAUUAUUUCUCCGACAAGGGAACUGGCAUUACAGAUUCUUGGAGUGACAAAGGAAUUAAUUAAAUUUCACAGUCAAACAUUUGGCAUAGUGAUAGGAGGUGCCACUAGACAAGCCGAGGCUCAAAAAUUAAACAAGGGCGUCAAUCUGUUGAUCGCCACACCAGGGAGAUUACUAGACCAUCUUCAGAAUACCAAGGGGUUUAUAUACAAGAACCUUAAAGCUCUUAUAAUAGAUGAAGCUGAUCGUAUAUUAGAAGUUGGUUUUGAAGAAGAGAUGAAGCAAAUCAUCAAAAUCCUUCCCAAAGAAAAUAGACAAUCAAUGCUCUUCUCUGCCACCCAAACUACAAAAGUCGAUGAUUUAGCACGGAUAUCAUUAAGAAAAGGUCCAAUAUAUAUCAACGUGGAUGAAAAUGAAAAAACAGCGACCGUUGAUGGGCUCACUCAGGGCUAUGUUGUCUGUGAUAGUGACAAAAGAUUUUUAUUACUUUUUACAUUCCUAAAGAGAAACUUAAAAAAGAAGGUGAUUGUGUUCUUUUCUAGUUGCAAAUCUGUUAAAUAUCAUGCGGAGUUGCUGAAUUAUAUUGACGUACCAGUUCUAGAUUUAUAUGGUCAACAAAAGCAAACGAAAAGAACAAAUACAUUUUUUGAAUUCGCCAAUGCUGAACACGGUAUCCUUCUCUGCACUAAUGUGGCUGCUAGAGGACUAGAUAUACCCUCGGUUGACUGGAUUAUUCAAUACGAUCCACCAGACGAUCCGCGUGAUUACAUCCAUCGUGUGGGAAGGACUGCUCGUGGAGGUGGCCAAGGAAAAAGUUUGCUAUUUUUGCUUCCAAGUGAACUCGGAUUUUUACGUUAUCUGAAACACGCCAAAGUGCCACUGAAUGAGUAUCAGUUUCCGGCAAAUAAAAUUGCAAAUGUACAAUCCCAGCUCGAAAAACUUGUUGAAAAGAACUAUUAUCUGCAUCAGUCUGCACGUGAUGGAUUUCGAUCCUAUUUAAAUGCUUAUGCUUCUUAUUCAUUGAAAUCUAUUUUUAACAUAAACGAACUGGACCUUCAAAAAGUUGGAAAAUCAUUUGGUUUUCAAGUACCACCAAAAGUUAACAUAACAAUUGGCUCUAGUGGAAAAGAAUCCAGAGUUGAAAGGCGAGGUGGAGACAAGAAGGGAUUCAAUAAUAAUGGUAAGGCGCACUUUGUGAAGCAAAGAAAUAGCGCUUUGAAAAAGAAAGAUGAUAAGCAAUGGUCUCGAUAG